UAUUUUCUCUGAAGAGGGGCGUCAGCGGGCGUCGUCGGUGGCGCGGGCAAAAUUCCAGUUGCUGCGCGGGCAACCGUCGUCUCUUUCGUGGGGGGAGAGAGGUCUCUUUUAUUUCCCGAGGGUAGUGACGGAGUUUAAUAAAGAACACAGUUUCUCAAACGUGGAACACAGCGCUUCGCCGCCGCCACCUUUUACCAGGACCAGCUUCGGCAGGAGGAUUCGAUUGCGGGUGACCGAAGCAGCAAAGAGGAUCACCGGCGAGCCCCGGAGCCAGUGCCAUGGGCCCCCGACGCGCACGGCCCGACCGUCGGCACUCGCAGCGCGGCGGCGGGUGCUUCCCGUCCGAUGACAGCGGACCGCUUCGAGCCGUCGUGGAAUGUGCGCCGCCCGGGAUCUAGCGUCCCCCCAAAAGAACCUCUAGGACAUAGACUCGUGUACCACAUUGACCCGCUCUAUUCCCCAUUUAUUCGCUCCAUGUGUGUGGUGCCCUUCGGUUUGGAACGCGCCGAACAGCAAGUUCUACACCGAAGAAGGCGUAGUGCUCCCGUGGUGCUGCCCACUUCAAGUACUACGUUCGGCGAUGGCCAGUAGUAACGUGAUCGAAGUAUUCAUCGAGACCUUGCACGGCACCGCUUUCGAGCUGCUGGUCUCUCCAGCGGACACGGUUGUUUCCAUCAAGACGAGGAUAUCGAGGCUAGAAGGCAUCCCGGUGUCCCAGCAGCACCUGAUCUGGCAGUGCCAGGAACUACCGGACGAAUCCUCCCUGCACGACUGCAAUAUCACGGAUGGUGCGACCCUCAAGCUGGUCCUAGGCAUGCGGGGAGGCCCCAUCAACACUCGCAAAGCAGCCUCGGCAGAGGAGCGGCCCUCACUCUUCGAUGUCGCCAAGUACCUAGAUGCCAAACAGGAAGAGCUUGGCCUUAAUGCUCCCCGGCUGAGAGCUGUGCGGAUGGUGGUGAUGCGAGACGGCGACCAGGUGCACCUGUACACGCUGGUGGAUGGAGGCUCCAGGUCUUCCACGGGAUCACUCAGUGCCCACUCUACGCGGGAGAUGAGUGACGAGGACAGCGCAUCGGAGAGCCGGCGCCACCGGGAGAACCUGGUGACGAGGCACAAGGUCGAGCUGCUGCAGCAGAAGCUCAGGUCCUGUCGGCUCAGGAAGGAGGGCCGAGCCGAGUCGCCCGAGAAACCAGAGCCGGAAGUGAGCUCCGUCCCAGCGCCGGAGCCGGUUUCUGAACCCGAACCCCUAUUAGACACUGGGCCGGUGCUACCGGAUCCCCAGCUCAAAGAAGUGCCGGAACUCGAGUUCAGGCCCGAACCCUUGGCGGCCGGAGAUGCGGCCAGAGGGGAGGUACGUGAACUCCUGCCGUCCCUGGAGUCCGUCCCAACUACGAGAAGGCAGCUCUGGCGCGAACCCUGCGGCAACUGCUGGAUUGAUCCGGAGCCAGAGACGGUGCUGCCCCACAGGCCGUCUGCCGGAGCCACGAGCCGGAUUCUGUCCGGAGAGAAGGUGGGCCGGACGCUUCCCCAGCUCCUGGUGUCCCCCUCGUCCGGCACCAGCCAGAAGGAGGCUUCGAGGCUCUGGAGACACAGGCAAGGCAGUGCGGCCCAGGUGUCGUUUCCACGAGGGAGCGACGCGCAGACGAGGGGCGCCGUCGGCGGGGCGCUUCCCAAGAGGCUUCCCGAACCCGGGACCACCAAGAUGGCCACCAGGGGGGCGGCGGGCAGGGCCUUUCGUGGCCGCUGUCGCAAGGUGCUCAUCGUUACCACCUCCGUUGGACCGUCAUCGCCUCAGUGCAAGGGAGACGGUGCGGAAGACGGUUCGGGCAUCGACGUGGGACGCUUCUACAAGGUGCUGCCCCCCCUGGGGCGGCAGGGCCCCAAGGAGCGGGAGGCUCCCGAGGGGGACCUGGCCCCCCUGCUGGAGCCCCCCCUGCAGCUGGACGCCUGGGACUGCCAGAGGCCCCAGACAGCUCCCGCCAGUUUUUUUCCCCGGAUUAGGUUUGUGCGGCUGUCGGUGCUGCACUCUGCGAUCCGUCCCUCGGCCGUCUCCUCGCCCUGCUCCCCGGAGAAGAGCCGAGAGUCUGACGGAGAGGCGGAGCUCUCUACGGACUCCCUGGGCGACCUGCCGCCCUCGGCCAAGGAGGACGGCCCCCUGUCUUCACCCAGUCCGCUCGUCCACUCUUCGGAAGCGGGGAACCGGCCGGAGGGCUACGCCCUCCACCGGCGCCUGGCGCGCGUCGUGGCGGAGCGGUCGUCGCCGGGAUUGGCGCAGCGGAGGCAGCCGCCCAGUCCUGCCCUGGGCCCUCGCACGGGGGCGGAGGGCAUCCGCUGGGCUCUGGCGGGCGGGAGGACGUCGUCGUCUUCACGCCUGGCGGUGAUCCCCCUGUUCCGCAAGGUACAUGGCGAGCUGCUGCAGGCGAGCAACGAGCUCCGGCGCAACCUGUCGAGGCUGGGGCGCCUGGCGGCAGACCACGAGGGCGAGGAGAGCCGCAUCCCCGCCGAGCCCAAGUCCAACGGCCCUUCCGAGAACAGUCCUGAGCGGCAGUCCACCAGCGCGGGUCCGUCGGCCGGGGCCAAGUCGUCUGCUCCUGCACCGCAGGUGGUAUCCUCCGCCGUGGACGAGUGCCCCAAGGAGAACAGCGAGACGGGGGAGAGCUCGCAGGAGUCUAGUCAGUCGCAGCUGCCCCCGCUCAAGGGAAAGAAGAAGCUGGCCAAGCGCUGCUCCUGGUGCAACCGCAAGACGGGCCUGGCCUCCACCUACGUCUGCAGGUGCGGCAAGAACUUCUGCGCCGCGCACCGCUACGCGGAGCUGCACCACUGUUCCCACGACUACAAGACGGAAGGCCGCCACAUCUUGCAGAGGAACAACCCGGUUGUCAAGGCUUCCAAGUUGCCCAAGAUCUAGUUCCUGCCUGCCGCCAUUUACACCCGCACCACGACCUUCCGCCACCACCACUUUCCGCCACCACCGACUGCCGGGAGCCAUCGCUACCACAGGAUGGCUACGGGGAAGAAACUGAUUUAGUUUUAUUCACACUUUUUUUUCUAUUUUCCUAUAUUGUCUUUUUCUUCCCCGUAUUCUAGUUCUCGCCGCUGUUAUACCGGGCACGAUGCGUUGCUUGAUAUGUCAAACAAGGUGUUCUGCUCUUUUUUUUUUUCUUUUUCCUUCAGUCAUUGUACCUCCGCCCAGCUUGAUUCUUGUCUCUAGAAGACAAAGUUUGGAAAAUUUUUUAAAAUAAAUUGCUCCUCCUUUUUUCUCCGGUUGUAACGACGGCCUGCGUAGAGAAUGCCGGAGGCUAAGGGUCGCUUCUGUUUUUCUUCUGUUAGCAUCUUCAUUUAUUUUCCAUUGUUUUUGACCUAGGUUUAUUUUUCGUCUUAGCACCAAGUAUAGGUGCAUUUCCGGGGAACUAGUUUGGGGGUCGGAGAGAUCGGAGGACGGUUUUUCAAUUUAGGGCCGCAUGUUGUAUACUUGAAAUGCUUGUGUGGUGUUUACACACAGGCUUCGCGAGGGUCUACUACCUAUAGAAAAACAAAUUUGCCUCGUUUGACGACGGAGCCCGUUUUUGCUCCGUUAGACGUUCGAGGCGAGCCCGCCUGUAGGGAGCGAGAGGCGUUUUGAUAAAGCUAGGAUUCUUCCUUCGUGUAGGCCGCGUCGAAGGCACGCUGCUAGGUUACCGUACUCUACCAUCAUCACGAGAUAUGCAAAGGUACGUCAACGUUUUGCGAGGGCCGCCCUCGAGGCGUGCGUGCAAAGAGUUGCCAAGGAGACGAUCCCCGUGAAAGAGGGUCAUAGCACCGUUCCAUGUGCCGCCCACCCCCUGGCUGACACGGGUAUUGAAGACUCGUACUUGUUAAUGCAUUCCCGUCACUGCGCAAGCCAGAUAAAGUCUUCAUGACCACCUUCUGGGUCUGUACACGGGAAGCUGCGGUUUGGCAAGUGUGGUGUAGCUUUUGCUCGUGCCAGCCUAGGGGGUGGGCGGAAUCUCGGGUCAUUGAGCAGAAUCAUUCUCGCGCUACUUCUGAAGAUAGAGGAAUGCAUUUGGUAUAUAUUUUUUGUCCCCGUCUUCUGAAUCUGUAUGCCGUCUCGGCUUGCGGAGGGUACGUGGCAAAUGCUACAAGCUGGAGCUCGUGGAUUUCAAAAGCACUUCCCUUCUUGGAACGUGCAUGCUCUAGCACUUGUGGCCUUUGCUCCGUAGUCGCCGCGGGGUCGAACCGAGUGUCAUAGGAGUCCUAAGCAUAAUUCAACUUUUAUUUUUUGUUGUAGGUGUUCCCAUUUACACUCAUUUGUUUGUCAGAAUGAAGCUCCGUGCAACAGUUUUUGUUUGAAAACAGGUUGUGCCACAGACAUCUUUGGAAUUGUAUGGAACAUGUGCAUUUUGCAUUAGUAAAACACUUGCAAAAAGAA